AAGAUGGCAGAGCGCAGUUACUGCUUUUCGUUGACUACUUUCAUCCCAUCUGGUAAACUUGUGCAGAUUGAAUAUGCUUUGGCUGCUGUAGCUGGAGGAGCCCCUUCAGUGGGAAUUAAAGCUGCAAAUGGUGUGGUCUUAGCAACGGAGAAGAAACAGAAAUCCAUUCUGUAUGAUGAGCGAAGUGUACACAAAGUGGAGCCAAUUACCAAACAUAUAGGCUUGGUAUAUAGUGGCAUGGGCCCAGGUUACAGAGUGCUUGUGCACAGAGGUCGAAAACUAGCUCAGCAAUAUUACCUUGUUUACCAAGAACCCAUUCCCACAGCUCAGCUGGUACAGAGAGUAGCUUCUGUGAUGCAAGCAUAUACCCAAUCAGGCGGUGUUCGUCCAUUUGGAGUUUCUUUACUAAUUUGUGGUUGGAAUGAGGGGCGACCAUAUUUAUUUCAGUCAGAUCCAUCGGGAGCUUACUUUGCCUGGAAAGCCACAGCGAUGGGAAAGAACUAUGUGAAUGGAAAAACUUUUCUUGAGAAAAGAUAUAAUGAAGAUCUAGAACUUGAAGAUGCCAUUCAUACAGCCAUAUUAACCCUGAAGGAAGGCUUUGAAGGGCAGAUGACAGUAGAUAACAUAGAAGUUGGAAUCUGCAGUGAAGCUGGACUUAGGAGGCUUACUCCAACUGAAGUUAAGGAUUACUUGGCUGCCAUCACAUAAUGAAGUGACUGAAAAUCUGGAAUUGCAGAUCAUCU